AUGUAUCGCUUUUUAUCGUCAAGAUUUCCGUCUACAUCAUGCGCAAAGCUAUCUCAACGGGUGAAACGAUUCAGCUCAACGCUGAAAAAUGAAGAGAAUUUGGCAAAUGAGACCUAUUUUGAUGCUCCGGUCGGCCUUCGAAUGUUAGCAGGACACGAGCCAAUAAAAAGGCAACAAAUCGAAAAAGCAAAUGAUAGCAAUAACUUUGGAGUCCUUUCUUCAACUACUCCGCAAAAGAGAACCGUUAGGUUGUUAGAUGCUGGAAUUUUUGUGCCAACGACUGAGACCGAGCUCCUUGAUAGUAGAUCUGGUGACGAAAGCUCAUUGGAGGAAGUUCUUGAAGGCUUCUUUCAGAAUGGAUGUAAUGUGUCCGAAGCCAUCGAAGGUUUUUCUGACUAUUGUACGGCCGAUUCUGCCUUAAACAUAUCUGAUCAGGGACACAGCUAUAAGCCUUCUACGAGUCCCACGGUCAGUCCGAAAGAAAGGCGAACCCCAGGAACUAGAAGAAUCCUUACAAAGAAAAUGCAGAGAACAUUGCUAAAACGAAGAAACAUGUCCUCAAUCAUUGCCCCAUCAACUGAACAACCCGGAGUAUCCAAUGUAGAGGCAUCUAUGAUAAGCACCCCAGAAAUUGUAUCUGCACUUUCGAUUGAACCACCUGUUCGGCGGACAGUAGAAGUCUUUCAAAUAGAUCCAAAUCGUCAAGAAAAAGCAUCAAUAAGCGAAAUCGAGGAAGCUCUGAAUACAAAUACGAUUCAAGCAAUGCGGGAUUUGUUUACUUGUAAGAAGUGGCCGGAUAUUCGUGGAACAUUGCCCAAUCGAGUGCUCCAAUUGGUCGUUAAUGAAGCGAAAAACUAUGACGAGGCUUUGGAAUUCUUCAAGGAUUAUGCAACAAUUUCUCGUAAUGUGUUUGUGAGUGAUCAUUUGGCGAUGAAAUUGGCUAUAAAGGCAGCAUUGGAAAAUGAGGAAAAAAAUCCGGCAACAGUUGCUAUAUUGGCGCUACAAACCCAUCGAAAAACCUUUUUGGCCAGGCCUAAGUUUGUAGAAACAAAAGCGGAAUUUUGCGAGUUGAUUGGCUAUGUCGGUGCUAAAUGCAGUAUCAAUGAUUCUAUUGGUUUGUACGAGUGCAUCCAAUCGAAAGGAUUUUAUGUUGACGCAGACCGAUUCAUCCAAGCAAUUUGCAAAGCCAAGAUCUCGUCUGGAGUUUCUUUCUCGGUGCUCCAGAAAGACUGGGAACAACUUUGUUUGCAUUUCUCGGCAUGUCAUGGCUUUGGUCUCCUCGUGAAGAAAGUUUUUGAAGAACAGAUUUCUGAAGAUAAAGCCUGUGGUAAACUUCUUGCUUUCACAAAUGAGGUCGGAUAUCCACCAUCGGCAGCACUUGCAGAAAUCGUCUCCGCAUUGGUAUCGUUUAAAAGGGAACCAGAAGCUGAAAGGAUACUGCAACGAAUCUUUGUGAAGCCAACCUAUUUUAAAAGACCACUGUCGAAUUUUCUCGAGUCACCGAAUGGAAUAGAAGACUUUGAAAACACAAUACAACUACUUGGCAGACAUCUAUUUAAAGAGACGAAAAAAGGUGGGAAAAGGAAGGGUCAAGCAGCGGCAUCAAUCGAAGACCAAGCCACUACUGAUGAAAAGGUCAAUGAAGAUUUGGUGCGAACGAUUCUAGAGUUUUUUGGUAUCCGAGAAAAGAGAAGGCGUCAAAAGGAAAUUAAAUCGUUAAAGAUUGAUAGUGAACGAUUAGCUGAACUCUCAACUCACAUCCAGAGGACUUGGAUCAGAUUUGCACAAAAGAACGAGGAUUUGACCAUCAUUACACGACUUCGUCAAUGGGGCCGUGACAAUCGAAUGGAACUUUCUCCAGAGUCUGAAAAACAAGUUCGACAAUUGAAAGGUGACUUGGAGCGAAAGUCAACUACUGUACAAAAAAUAAUUGUUAGCAUUCGACAGUCGUUUAUGCUUGGGUUUGUUCGAAAUUCGGCGAAAAGGCAUGCCUAUCUACGGCGGUUAUCGAACAUAGCAGCCGCGACACCAUCAACAUCAGCGGCUCCACUCGAGCUGUCUAGUCUACCCCUAGCGAGAGUAACAGAAGAGGUCAAGGAUGAUGAGAGAGCGUUGCUGAAGAGGUAUGGAAAAGAGCUCGAGAGGUCCGAAUGGAAAACAUUUGGAGAAGCGACUUCAUUCAUCGAAUGGAACAACUAUCUGAUGUCGUAUCACCUGCAAAAACUGAAUCAAAUCAUAACCCAAGGCAGCUUGAAAAGUGCUGAGCUUUCGGAUCGACAGAUCUCUCUGCUCAUCAAAGCUUAUGGUGGUCUAGCUUCUGGCACUCCAAAGAAGACACGAAUUGAAGAGCUAAAGAAACUUUUGCAGAAAAUAGCUAGCGAAGAAGUCGAGAUGGGUCCCCAAUCUCUCACAUCACUACUUUCAGCAAAAUUGGAUAACAACGAGCCGAUUAAAGUCGUUGAAGAACUAGAGAAAUGGGAUCUCAAAGGGUAUGAACCAACAAACGAGUUGCUGAUUAUUUUGUCAAAAGUCUAUGCGGGUGAAGGAAAUGUGAAAGGAGUGAGUGAAUUGAUGCAGUACGCUAAAGAAGAAAAGAUGGAGAUAAUGAAUUAUUUACUCACCUCUCUGGUCAAAGCAUUUGCCGUACAAGGAAAAUAUGCGGAGGCAGAAACGACAAUACAGGAGGCUCUCACAAUUGAUGAGAAACUACCCCCACUUCUUCGCUUAUCGAUUUGUGAGGUUGCAGCCAAGAAAAAAGAUAUCGAAAUUCUUUGGCAACAGAUGGCCCUCAUCAGUAUCGAUAAAAUGGCUUCUCUAACAAAAAUUCAACGGAAAAUUGUGGUGGCUUUAAUUGAGAACAAAUUGUGGAGUGAAGUGGAAAAGGUUCGCCAACAUUUUGCGCUCAUUCCAACGGGAUCCGAAAGGUUUCCGAAUUCAUUACAACAUCCGCAAUUUUUGCAAAAAAUGUGGGCAUUCACGUGGAGUCUGAUCAAAGAAGACCGCCUAGAUUGCGCGUUGGUUGCGUAUUCGUUCACUAGGAAAACUGAUGAAAAGCAACAAGCCGCUUUGAGUCAAGCGAUUACCCGCAAGGCCUCCCAAAUUAAAGUACCAUUAAAUGAGGCCCUGGCUUUAGCAGAAAUGGCGGUCGCACAUGAGAUAGAGCCUUCAAUCGGAAGCCUUUUACUGAAAGCUGUUGAGUAUAUGCCAGCACAAAGGCUCGUUGAUGUCUUGAAGAUUUUACCGUCCACGGAUAUUGAGAUGAUUGCACCGGUUCCUGAAAUCCGUUUAUCACUUGCAAAGAAGCUUUCCGGUGUGCAGGACCUAGCUUCGGUCGAGCAAAAGGUGUCAUAUCUGGAACAAAUCGCCAAACUUUUGUUCGAAAGCUUGCCGCCAAUGGAUCGAGAUUAUAUAGAGGCUGCUCAUCGAAGCGUGUGCGUUUGCUUUAGGGGAGAUCUUGAAAUUGCUAAACUGGUGGUCGAUCAACUCAGUUCCGAUUUUGCGACCCGGAAUAAAUUCUCAACGGCUGUUGUUGACUCUUAUUUGAGGAUAAUGCAAUUGGAUUCCAGUGCCACACAAAAGUUGUUGGAUUUUUUGAAAUGUGGAAAAAUUGCACAAUUGGAACUAUACCCAAUCCAGUAUUCGCUGUCGAAAAUGUUGCGACAAAUUAAAGCAGACACUUCAAGUGAACAACUCAAUAUAAUUGCCCUGGCUAUUAUCUUGUCUUUCCCAGCCGAUCCAAAAAUCCAAUCUGGUCGAAUAGCCGGUCUAUUUACCGGCAUAGUUAAACAUAAACAAGUAGAUGCUGAAGUUGUUGAAAAAUUGGUCGACAAAAUUCUCUUAUUGGAUACAAAGAAACGGGUUGGUAUUUACGAUGCGGAUAUGGCGAAACUAGUUAGCGAAUUGGAAGAAGCGGGUAAUUUUGGGAAAGCCGCAAGUUUGCAGAAGUUAAGUCGGAAAGGCCAGACGAUGGCCCGCUGGCAAGGUAGCACCGUCGAACAGUUGGAUACAGAGUUAUCUAUUUUGAUGGAAAAGAAGGUCGAUGUGAAAGUGGUAAAUCAACUCCGAUCGGUUAUCCUUGACAAAAUCGCAACAGAAACGCCCAUAAAUCUCGCGGCUGGAACUCGACAUUGCAUAGCUGCUAUUGAAACAAAGACGAUCAAUCAACGAUUAUUUAAGGCGAUAUUGAACUUUAAGAAAGUUGGCUUUGGUUAUGCCCUUGAGAAUGGCUUGAUUGAUGAAGCACUGGGACUUUUUGACCCAACAAUGGAAAUUGGUAUUUCGUCAGCACUUCAUUUGGCCGCUCUUCUACACGCCUCGGACAGAAUUUCGGACGCUGAUAACGUAAUCGCUAAAAUCAAAGAAGCAAAGCUAGAUGUUACGCCUAACAAUCUUGAGAAACUCAGCAACGCACUCGGCUCUUUGAGUGUAACGCAAAUUGAAGCUUUUGCAGCGUAUCUACAAACGGCUUUGAACCUAAAGUCCACCUUGCUAAAGCGACUCUUGACAAAGAGAGUGCUCAACAGCAUCAAGAAAUUGAUCGAUGAGGAGAAUUUGGCUGAAGCGUUCGUUUUAUCGGUGAAUGAAUCGAAAAAAUUCGAAUAUGCUAUUGGGAGAAUAGAAUUGGCUAAAGCUGCCGUGGCCAAAGGCAACCAAGAACUGUUGGGCGAUGUCUUCAGACUGAUCACAAAGUAUCAUUCGACUGAAUCAGCUCACCUUGACCUCGGUUAUGCUUUGCUUUGGGGAGGACAUGUAACACUCGCGGAGAAGAUGUUUGCGAAAGGUGGCAAGGUGUCGACACAGAAGCUGAGCUACUUGGUUUUGGAUUCGUAUCUCAACAAAAGGUCGGACGUGUUGCGCUCUUUGUUCGAUAUUUUGGUGAAGGACGAAAACGUUUCUCGAGUGGAUCUCAAUAAUUUGUUGGCCAAUUUGUGCAAACUUUAUUAUACGGAGAAAAAUGCGGAAGCGGCCGACUCUCUUCGCGAACAGUGCAGACAACUUUCGUUUCCACUUGAAAAAGCGACUCAGGAGAAAUUUAAACUGCUACAACAGCUGAUCCCAAAAAAACGUGAAUCAACCGUC